AUGGCCAACAAUCGUUUUCUGAUCUGGGGAGGUGAGGGCUGGGUUGCUGGCCAUCUCGCCUCCAUUCUCAAGUCCCAGGGCAAGGAUGUGCACACAACGACGGUCCGCAUGGAGAACCGCGAGGCGGUGAUGGCCGAGUUGGAAAAGGUCAAGCCGACCCACGUCCUCAACUGUGCCGGGUGCACUGGGAGGCCCAACGUCGACUGGUGCGAGGACAACAAGGAGGCUACAAUGCGCUCAAAUGUCAUUGGCACGCUGAACCUCACCGACGCCUGCUUCCUGAAGGGCAUCCACUGCACUGUCUUUGCAACCGGGUGCAUCUACCAGUACGAUGAAUCGCACCCGUGGGAUGGUCCAGGAUUCCUCGAGACGGACAAGGCCAAUUUUGCUGGGAGCUUCUACUCUGAGACCAAGGCCCAUGUGGAGGAGGUCAUGAAGUACUACAACAACUGCUUGAUCCUCCGGCUCCGAAUGCCUGUUAGCGACGAUUUGCACCCGCGCAACUUUGUCACCAAGAUUGCCAAGUACGACCGCGUCGUCGACAUACCGAACAGCAACACGAUCCUGCACGACCUGCUGCCGCUCUCUCUGGCAAUGGCCGAGCACAAAGACACCGGGGUCUACAACUUUACCAACCCGGGAGCCAUCUCGCACAACGAGGUCCUCACCCUGUUUAGGGACAUUGUGAGGCCCAGCUUCAAAUGGCAGAACUUUAGCCUCGAGGAGCAGGCCAAGGUGAUCAAGGCGGGGAGGAGCAAUUGCAAGCUUGACACGACCAAAUUGACUGCGAAAGCCAAGGAGUAUGGCAUCGAGGUUCCGGAGAUCCACGAGGCGUAUAGGCAGUGCUUUGAGAGGAUGAAGAAGGCUGGAGUACAGUAG